GUGGGUAAUAUUUUGUUUUCAUCAGCGAGUGAGUGGUUCCCAAGCGGGUUGAGGCUGUGACACCUCUGCUUUGCUCUCCUGUAAUCUCCCAGGGUCUUCUGAAGUUGUCAAAUAUGGCUGCCAGUGUUGCUCACCACAAGCACUUCAGCCAUGACUACCACAGUAGCGAGUCUAAAUAUGUUGUGAAAGAGUACUCAAGUUCUAUUACAGAGGCAGCAGAGUACAGGCAAGAAUUUUCAAAGAAAAUCCACGAAGUGCUACACAAGAAGAUGCCUGAGACCCACAUACGGGAGGGGCCCAUGAGCAGGGGCCCCGUGUUCACGGCUCGGCUGAGGUCCCACACAGUCUUCGAGAACACACCCAUUAAACUGUUCUGCACCGUGCAGGGAUACCCAAUGCCAAUCGUGAAAUGGUACAAAGACAACGUCAUCCUUGACACCUCGUCAGGCAAAUAUCUGGUGGACGGCAGCGCUGGAAGCCACAGCCUGACGAUUACCAAAUGUAGCAUUGCCGACACUGCGAUGUACACUGCUGUCGCCGGUAACAGUCAUGGACAGGCCUCCACCCAGGCCUCCAUUAUCGUCAAGAAGUGCAGAGAAGAGGAGGCAACUAUCCCCUACUCCUGGACCCCAUAUCAGUUUGCCAUUUUGCCCGAGAUCAAGUACACAAAGAUCAACAUCACCCUGCUGGAGACGUUCAAGGUGACGUUUGCCAAAGAGGGGGACAGUGCCUCCCUGGCUGUCAAGAUGUCCAUCAGUCCAAAUCUGGCCAACCUUCAGCCCAAAGCGCUGUGGUACAGAGGAGAGCACCUAUUGAAGGAAUCAAAGUGGGCGAAAAUGGAGUCCGGUGGAGGUGUCGCCAAGCUCACCCUUCCCCAGCUCUACAAGGAUGAUGAGGGCCUGUACACCCUGCGCAUGGUGACAAAGGGGGGCGAUGCCGUGCACAGCGCCUACCUCUAUGUGGAAGAUUCUCCCCCUCCAGUUCCCAAGGCUCCUGGUGCCCCUAUGGACAUCAAGAUCCACGAUGCCAACAGGGAUUAUGUCAUUGUGUCCUGGAAGCCCCCAAACACCACCACCGAGGGGCCUAUCAUCGGAUACUUUGUGGACAGGUGUGAAGUUGGCACCGAGAACUGGACCCAGUGCAAUGACCAGCCCAUCAAGGUGUGUAAGUACCCGGUGUGCGGCCUGUUCGAGGGACACUCCUACUACUUCCGGGUCAGGGCCGUCAACUCCAGCGGCAUCAGCCACCCCUCCAGAAUGUCCGACCCCAUCGCCGCCCUGGACCCCACAGAGUUCGAGAGACUUCAUGCCACUAAGCUGGGUGGUAAACUUGAUGUAGUGACUUACCAUGACGACCUUGAAGCGGACGGAGCAGCGCCUGGGGUGCCCACCAAUGUGCGCGUCUCCGAGGCCGACCGAACAUACGUGGUGCUGAAAUGGACUGCACCCGCCUACAGCAGCCGAGCCCCCAUGUGGUAUCACCUGGAGAAGAGUGUGGCGGGAAGCGACGCUUGGCAACGGGUUAGCACUCAAGUGCCUGUGCGCUCCCCUCGCUACGCCGUGUUCGACCUGUCCGAGGGCACAACGUACCAGUUCCGUGUUCUGUCCGCUAACAUGUACGGCACCAGCGCCCCCUCCGAGCCUUCGAAGGCCGUCGAGACCCUGAAGCUGAAGGGUGUGCCCUCCGCCCCGGGUCAGGUGGUGGCCACCAGGGAGACCGACACCUCGGUCGUCAUCCAAUGGGCUCCCCCGAAGGAGCCCAACAACCUCAUUGGCUACUACAUUGACUCCUGCGUCAAGGGAUCCAAGGACUGGGAGUCGGCCAAUCACAAGCCAAGCAAGAAAACCAAGUUCGUGGUUCACGGUCUGACUACCGGCGUGACGUACGUGUUCCGUGUGCAGGCCAUCAAUGAGAUGGGUCUCAGCGAUGAGUCCCAGGAGUCUGCUCCCAUCCUCGUGCGCGCCGCUCUCACGCCGCCAUCUGCACCUUAUGACAUCUCCAUGCUCAGCUGCGACGGCACCUCCAUGGUCCUCAACUGGAAGCGCCCUUUGAAGUCUGGAGGCUCCAAAGUCAGCGAGUACUACAUCGACAAGAUGAACAUGGCCAAGAACAGAUGGCAGGAAGUGAACAUCCCCCCUAUCAAGGAGAGACUCUACACGGUUGAGAAUCUGACUGAGGGCGCGUCCUAUAAGUUCAGGGUGUACGGCCUGAGUCUUGCUGGACUGGGGGAGGCGUCCAAGGCCAGCGCUGCUUUGGAGUGCAAGGCCUGGAAGAUGCCAGAGCCAGGUCCCGCGUACGAUCUGACCUUCUGUGAGGUGCGGGACACCUCUCUGGUGGUGGAGUGGAAGAAGCCCGUGUACCUGGGAGCCAGCGAGCUCACCGGCUAUGUGGUGGAAUACGCCAAGGCCGGCUCAGACAGCUGGCACGCCGCCAACGAGACAGCUGUCAAUCACCGCUACCUCAAGGUGAGUGGCUUGGAGGCGGGCGGCUCCUACGUGUUCCGAGUGCGCGCGGCCAACGCAGAGGGCCUUGGAGCUCCCUCAGGCUCCUCAGACCCCAUACUCGCCCAGGCCCUGCCAGGUACCAAGGAGAUCACAUGUGGCGUGGACGAGAACUCGGGUGACAUAUUCCUGGCGUUUGAGAGUGCCCAGUGCACAGAGAAGACCCAGUUUGUGUGGAAGAAGUCCUACAAGGAGAUCACCGACUUCACCAGCAUAUCAGUCAAGACAUCAGGCAGCACCUCCACUCUGCUCUUCAAGGAGCCAACCAAGGAGGACGUGGGGACCUUCUCCGUGGUGGCCACCCACACAGACGGAGCCUCCGCCAGCUACUCCAUCUCUUCUGAAGCGAUGCAGAAAAUGCUGGCUCAGAGCUACGACAUCCGCAACCCAAUUAUCCCUCUGAAGGCGGAGAUGACCUACAAGAUCCUGGAGAGAGGUCGCGUGCGCUUCUCCGUGCAAGUCGAGUCCAUGUCCUCUGCCGUGACCUACAAGUGGUUCGGCAACAACAAGGAGCUCGCCAACUGCGAGGCAACCAAGGCGAGCCACGACGCUGCCACGGGCGUGAUUGAGAUGAUUGUGGACCACUUCACGGAGGAGAGUGAGGGCACCUUCACCGUGCAGAUCCAGGACGGCAAGGGCAAAGCACAGUCCUCCCUGGUGCUCAUCGGAGACGACUUCAAGGCAGCCCUGGCCGAAGCUGAUUACCAGAGGAAAGAGUACAUCAGAGUCAAAGAAGGCCCUCAUUUCUCCGAGUUUCUCACUGUUCAAGUCGGUGACGACUGCUCCGUGUCCCUCGUUUGCAAGGUGGACAAUCUGAAGAAGGAGUCUGUCAUCCACUGGGCUAAGGACGGCGCCGAGGUCGCCCCAGCUGCAGCAGCAGCCGCCGGAGUCUGCAAGCUCCCCCUCACCCUGUUCUCCAAGGCCAGCAUGGGCGUGUACAAGGCCACCAUCAGUGACGACAGAGGACAAGACGAGUCCCAGCUCAACGUCUCCGGAGAAGUUUUCGAUAACAUCAUCAACGACCUGGGCCGUCUGGCUGGGUCGACUGCGGCCGAGUUGACGGUGCAGAGUACAGCAGAGGGCAUCAUGCUCCAGUGCCACAUGAAGUACUUCACGCAGGAGAUGAAGAUCGCAUGGCUGCAGAAGGAGACCAAGCUGGCUGCCUCUGAGAGGCUGAGGAUCGGUGGCACUCCCGCCAUGGCCACCAUUGAGAUCGUGGAGCCCGUAGACAAGGACAAGGGCGUGUACCACAUCCAGAUUGCCGACGCAGAGAAGACACACACCCGCACACUCGACUUCUCUGGGCCGCUCUAUGAUAACGCCUAUGCAGAAUUCCUGAGACUCAAGGCCGAGGCAUAUGCUGAAAAGAACCGCGGUAAGGUGGUUGGUGGCCUCCCAGAUGUCGUCACCAUCAUGGAACACAAGACCCUGAGCCUGACCUGCACGGUGUGCGGUGACCCCAAGCCACAGGUCAGCUGGUCCAAGAACGAGGUGGAGGUGGAGAAUGGCGACCAAUACGUCAUCGCCAUCGACUCGGGCAAGUUCGCCAGCCUGACCAUCAAGGGAGUGUCCAUGGAGGACUCCGGCAAGUACACCAUGACCAUCCAGAACAAGUACGGCGGCGAGACCGUGGACGUCAUCGUCAGCGUCUACAAGCACGGCGACAAGGUGCCGGACGCUAAGCCCGUGCCCACGGUGAAGAGGAUCCUGCCUCCCGUGUUGCCCAUCGUCAUCCCCAGUGCCAAGCCGGCCGCCGCCGCUGUCCCCCCCUCCGCACCCUCCACCCCCACCCCCCCCAGGUCCGCCAAGUCCCCCACCCCACCUGUCAGCCCCAAGUCCCCCACUCCCGGCCGCAUGACGCCCAGGAGGAAGUAAACUUAAUACAAGUAAAUACUAAUGAUGAGUAUAAAUAAAAGAAUGUCAUCAACCCCCUUCUCCUUCCCACAUAAAAAUAUUAAUAAUGAGGAAAUAAAAAGGAAAUGUUGAUGCGUAGAGGAAGACGCAUUUGCAGUGUGAGUCAUUGUAUAAUGCACACACAUGCACACGCACACACGCACACACACACACACACACACACACGCACACGCGCGCACACACGCGCACACAUGCACACACACACAGAAUAUAGGAAUGUGUUUUCCCAUACAAGAUGCUCUUUGGCUUUGCUGUAGUUUUUUCUCUUUUCCUUAAAUAUACAAAGCAGCAUCUUGAAGGGGAGAGGAGGGAAGCAAGUAGAAAAAGAGGAGAGAGAGAGAGAGAACGCGAGAGAGAGAGAAAGAGAGCGGAAGAGAGAGAGAAAGAGAGGAGGUCAUAUUCUAUUUAGUGUAUUUGCCACCACGUCGAGCAGGGCAACAGUUUGUCAUACGAGCUUUCAGAAGAGAAAAAAAGCGAUGUGAACAGAACGCACCCCUGAUGAAUUUGGCUUCUGCCACCCUCCUGCUCCGAGGUGCUCUGCUUGAAAAAUGACCGGCUUUGAUGUUCAGUUUAUUAAAUCGCUGUUAUUUUUUUUCCCUUCCUUCUUUUUUUUUCUUUUUUUUCAUUUAAAAAAAAGCGCCGCACUUUCAAUUAAGCCGCUAGAAAAUUCUGAAGCAUUUACUUUCUCCUCUUCCUCCAUGGAUGGAUAAGCCCAGAGUGCCGGACCCCCACUUAUCCCCGUUGCUGCAAGCACUCCUAUCCUCCUAUCCUAUCCUCCUAUCCCUGGCUGGCGCGGUGCGGCGCGGCGCUGCGUGGUGCGGUGCAGCGUACACUGUAGCGUGCGUCGCCAAUCCAGAUAAAUCUCGUUACCACCCUCGCUGCCCUCGUGUUUUCCUGCCUUUGUGUUAAUAAAAAAGACGUAGAAAUCA